AUGACCAAGCUGGUUGACGACGCGCUCAAGAUAUGCGAGCACGUAAAUGCACCGUUCGGUGACUUGGAAGACUUCGGUGAUCGAUUCAAUUACAUGGGCUGCGUGAUUGUGCUGGCCGUGUGCUUCUUCGUGGUCUCCACGAAACAGUACUUCUUCAACCCCAUCUCCUGCUACCUAGCAACGGAGGCUGGGGGGACCAACAUUCUCACCUACGUCGAGAACUACUGCUGGGUGCAGGGGACCGUGCCCAUCAGCUACGCUGGCAAGAUGCCCACGAGUGAAAGUGACUGGCUGCGACUGGAGGAGAAGAAAAUGCUUUACUACCAAUGGGUCCCAUUUGUUCUCGGCCUUCAGUGCUGUCUUUUCAUGCUACCCCGGUUAAUUUGGAAGGCCAUAUACCUGCAAACCGGGACCAAGGGCGGCACACUCAGCCGAGUGGUUCUGCGUUCAGUGGAGGCGCUCAGUGCUGCUCCGACUGCACGUCAGGCCCUCAUCGAGGAAAUCGCUGACAUGGCAGAGUACUUCUUUUUUAAGAGCUACGUCACAACGACUCGGGCGACGGGUCUUGGCUCGCGCCGGUGUCCAAGCGGGAUCCACAUAGUUUCGGCCUAUUUGGUCAUGAAGGUCCUCUACCUUCUCAACGCCAUUGGCCAAAUCUUCAUGAUGCAAAGCUUCCUCGGCUUCAAUUCCACGGCUGAUCUCCCUUUCGGCCUCAGAGUCUUGAAGGACAUUGUCGGUGGCCACGACUGGCAGAUGACACAGGUCUUUCCGCGAGUUGGCUUUUGCUACGUGGAGCUGAAACUCCUAGGUGUCGCCACCAACGCCGUGACUGCCCAGUGUGCACUGCCCCUAAACAUGCUCAACGAGAAGAUCUACGUCUUCCUCUGGUGGUGGAUUUUGGCUGCUGCCUGCAUCACCGCUUUCUUCCUCUCGCUGUGGAUCUUCCGCUUCAGUACUCGCUCUAGAGAGGUUAACUACAUAGUCAAGUACAUCCAACUUAACGUCGAGGACUUUACACAGUACGACGAGAGAGAAGUGAGCCAAUUUGUCCGAAGGUACCUCCGGCACGAGGGCACCUUCCUCGUGCGGAUGGUGCGCCUGAACGCCGGCGAGAGGAUCGCCGCGGCGCUCGUGAGGGCCCUAUGGGAGCGCUACCGCCUCGCAAACGAAAGCCUCGAGCGCGGGUUUCACUCGCCGGACUUGAAAUCCGCAACGGCGCCGCAGAUUGUGCCGCAAAAUAUGUACCCGCAAUUUCGAAACUUUUCGAAAAGCGCCUCCAAUGAAAAGGAAAACGUCGAAGAGGCUGAUGUGGCAGCCCUCGCCUAUGUUUAG